AUGCAUCUCGCAACCCCCAACUCCCUCGUCGCCUGGGGCCAGGUCGACCCUGAGCUGCACGUCUUUCUCCAAGCCCACCCCCUCCCCAAAUCCAACUAUGCCAAUACCCCCAUCAUGCAGCUACGCGCACAGAACAACAAAAUCGAGUCGACGGCCUUCAACGCCCUCUCAGACCACGGCGUCAACGAGACCGUCAUCACGAUCCCCAUGAGCGAUGGCACUCAGAGCGAGAUCCGCAUCUGCAGGCCUCUUGUCCUCGAUGAUAUCCCUUCUUUUGAGGGACAGAAUGAGGAUGAAAAUGCUACCCCCCUCAUCGCCCUCUUCCACGGUGGCGGCUUCGUCGUCGGCUCAAACAUCCAAAUGGCCGUGUUCGCCCGCACCCUCGCAACCCUCUACAACGCCACCGUCGCCAGCAUGAGCUACCGGCUCGCCCCCGAGCACCCCUUCCCCACAGCCCAGGACGACGCAUGGGACGGCAUCCGCUGGCUCUCCGCCCACGGGGCCUCCCUCGGCGCGAACCUCACCCAGGGCUUCGUGGUCGGCGGCGUCUCCGCAGGCGGGAACCUCGCUAUCUCUGUGACUCAUCGGUCGAUUCUCCACAGCGAUGAGCUUGUAAACCCGAUUACCGGUCUUUGGGCUGCGAAUCCGAUCACUACGAAUGGUGAGAGCGUCCCCCUUGAAGCUCUGCAGGGCUGGGUGUCAAGGACCCAGAACGCAGACGCCCCGUGUCUGUCGAGCGAGGAUCUCGAGUACCUGGAGGGUUUGCUGCGCGUGGAUCCCAUGAGUCCGGUGUUUUCGCCGUUUGCGGACCUCUGUGUCUUCCCUGCGCUGCCGCCGUUGUAUGUCCAGGUGAGUGGGAUGGAUCCGUUAAGGGAUGAUGGGUUGGUGUAUGAGGCUGUGGCGAGGGAGAUGGGGGUGCAGACGAGACUGGAUGUCUAUGCGGGCAUGCCGCAUGGUUUCUUUUAUUAUUUUCCGGCGCUGAAUCAGUCGGUGAGGUUUAUGGGCGAUGCGUAUCGGAAUUUGGGGUGGUUGUUGGGGAGGGAGUGA